AUGGUACGGUCGUUGGUCCAAAACGCAGGUUAUGCCAAAUCGGCAAGGAUGCUACAGGCUGUUGUGAGUGAAGGAAAGAGCACGCGCGAGGCCAACGAAUUGCUCUCGGCGCUACUGACGAAAUGGGUGCAAAACAGCAAUUCUCUGCACGAUGUGUUGAUUGAGCAAUUCAAACUUGGCGCCGGAUUGGAUGAGAUGUUUAAAGACCCAGGCCUCAUUCUCGUCGCGGACAGAUUCAUCAGCGCGUUCAAUUUUCUAAAGCAGGCGCACUACCCGAACAUGCUGAAUCAACUCACUGUCCACAACGGAGAGGAAGAAGUGGCAAAGCUAGUUGCGUCACUGGAUCAAUUGAAUCCAUUGAUUGAACAAUGGAAAGGAAGGCAAUUUCCAAUUUGGCUGCGAGCAGGCAAGGAGCCUUCAGUCGUCAAAGAGCUAUUGAAGACGGAUCCGGAUCCCACGAAAAAUAGCGCUGCCGUUGGGAUUUAUCGUAGCUACAAGAAGGAGUUUGAGCGCCAAACCACGGCGCGGUCUUAA